CACGUAUUGUAUUAUAGUGUUUGCCAGAGAACAAAUCGAAAUUAUUCGUUUGUUACCAGUUUACUACGACGUAUUUGAAAAAUAAUUAAUUUGCUGCGAAAGUACUAAAGAAAAAGCACCUAACAAACAGGAUAAAUCCGAUUUUAUCUUAAAUUAAACAUAAUGGGCGAAGAAUACAGCCCAGAUAUCAGCGCUAUGACAACAAUACUUCCAGCUAUAUUGGGUCUCAUAUCAGCAGGUGCCCUUUGGGCAGUUGCUUGCAUAUGUGCCCGUCAAAUGCGUGCUCGCAAUCGUAAACAAAAUCAACAUGACUCAACAUUUCCCUUUCAACCAACACGUCGUCCGACAGCUGUUCGUUCGCCUAGUGGUCAACCACCCCACUAUCUGAAGAAAUCACCCUCACCAACUGGCACCAAACAAUUGGGUAUAUUGCAGCCAAUGCAGGAACAAACCGCCACUUCACCCAUUUCACCACAAACGGUCAAGUACAUGGAGGAGGAUGAAUCGAAAUCCACAAAACACAACAAAUAUAAUGUCAAUGAGAAAUUAUCACCCAUGGAGGCCAAGCUAAGUCCCACUGGCAGUGGUGGCAGUAAUGGUAUGUCUGCAAAUGGCGCCAAGGUUGUUAAUGGCAAUCAGGUGUCGGUGAUGCAAGAAUCCAUUGUGAGCAACUUGAGUGUGAGUGAGAUGAAUAUGGAACAGUAUGGCAAAUUGGGUUCGAUAUUCUUCAAAUUACGUUAUUUGGGCGAACGUAAUGCUUUAAUGGUAUCUAUAAUACGCUGCCGUGGUUUACCCUGCAAGAGUGGUAGUAGCAGCAGUGGUGGCAACAAUUCAUCUAAUGGCAAUAAAUCCAAUGAUAUACCAGCUGGUAUGAAUGGUCGUACCCAGUCGGCCACUGAUCCCUAUGUCAAGCUCCAGCUGUUGCCCGACAAACAGCACAAAGUUAAGACCCGUGUUGUUCGCAAUACCCGUAAUCCCGUCUACGAUGAGGAUUUCACAUUCUACGGCUUGAACAUUAAUGAUUUACAGAACAUGUCUUUGCAUUUCGUUAUAUUGAGUUUUGAUCGCUAUUCACGUGAUGAUGUUAUCGGUGAGGUGGUGUGUCCUCUUACCUCCAUUGAAAUCGGCGAUAUUUCCAAGGAAGCCUUGUCGAUUAGCAAGGAAAUUCAGCCACGCAGCUUAAAGAUACGCGCUCAAGGACGUGGUGAAUUGUUGAUUUCAUUGUGUUGGCAACCAGCUGCCGGACGUUUGACUGUUGUGUUGUUGAAGGCUCGCAAUUUGCCACGCAUGGAUGUGACCGGUUUGGCUGAUCCUUAUGUCAAAAUCUAUUUGCUGUACAACGGUCAGCGUAUUGCUAAAAAGAAGACACACGUUAAGAAACGUACAUUAAGUCCUGUUUUCAAUGAAAGUUUUGCUUUUGAUAUACCAGCAGCUGAGGGCACUGGCGCUACUUUGGAUGGUGUGUCACUUGAAUUAAUGCUACUCGACUGGGAUCGUGUUACCAAAAAUGAGGUAAUCGGACGACUUGAAUUGGGAGGACCAAAUUCAAAUGGCACAGCUCUUAAUCAUUGGAAUGAAGUGUGCAAUUCACCAAGAAGACAAAUUGCUGAAUGGCAUAAACUAAAUGAGUAAAUAAGCUGAUCUCAAAUGAGCUGAAAAACAACAAAAACAGAUAGAGCUACAAGAGAGGGAUACAGAAAGAGAACAGGAUUUCAAAUCGAAACAAACCAAAAAAAAAAAUAGUAGAGAAAAUAUAUAACGUAAUAUAAGUAAACGAUAUAAAUUAAAUUCAAAUUAAUUUAAGAUUGAGAGAGAAACCAAAAACCAAAAUAACAGCAUUAUUAAACAAAAACAAAUUAAAAACUAAAUUAAAUCUUUUACACAGAUAAAAAAACAAAACAAA